GUUGGCCAUAAUAGCUCAUUUAUUGCUUGUUCGCCAUUGAGGAGAAAUUUGCCGACAUUGUGGAGCAUCAUUUCCGACAUUUUGAAUCGCACAACAUAUGGACUCUUCAGGUUAAUAGCUAUUAAUAUUUCUCAUGAUGAAUAUGACAAUUGCCUAACAGUUAAAUUUUAUUGUAAUUUUAAUACUGUUGUCUGUUGUCAAAUACGCAUUGGUAGCCAUGCAUGGUGAGGUUUAAAUUUCUUCUAUAAUUCCUCAAAGUAUUGAGUAUAAUUGUGCUCUACAUUGAACUGCAAACGUAUCUGAAAAAGGAGGCAUUCGCUGCAAGUCAGUUUGUGAUUGUAUACGCUAUAGCUUCACUUGUACAACAAUCAAAUUAAAAGUCAUUCAAGAAGUAUAUUGCUGUGAUCGGAGCAAUAUCAUCAAGCAAUUUCCGUUUAUCAUAGCAAAGCUUUAGGCGUAUUUAUUGGUGUAUCUGGAUUCAUCCUCUAACCAAGAUGAUAUCGACCAACAUAAUUUUGGAAUUUGUAGCCUUGACGUUAGUUUUUCUUGCUGCUCUAUUUGGCAAUGUAACACUAUUUUAUGUUGUUGGAACCAAUCGUAAUCUUCGUACAAGAGGAAACGUAUUUAUACUUAAUCUUGCUGCUGCAGAUUUGUUAGUUGCUGUAGUAAAUCUUCCAAUAACUAUCACCACAGUCUUGGCUGAUAAAUGGAUUCUUGGUAAAACAGUUUGUCAGAUAUCUGGAUUCAUUACUUUACUCACAUUUGUUGCUUCAUGCAUGGCAUUGUCUAUGAUCAAUAUCAAUCGCUAUCAUGCAAUAAUGCAAUGGCAAUCCUACAAAAAAACUUACACGAAAAGAAAAUGUUUACUAUACGUUGGCAUCACUUGGGCCAUAACAAUCGUAUUGUCAAUUCCGCCAUUUUUUGGUUGGGCGAGAUUCGACUAUGAUCCAGGACAGAGUUAUUGUUUUGCUGAAUGGAAAGCAAGUAAAUCGUACACGAUCUUUAUGAUUGCAGCUUGUCUAUGUGGUCCGUUAUCUAUAAUGACUUACUGUUAUGUAAGAAUAAAUCUGUACGACAAGAAGUUUGCUUUGGGAAUCACUUCGUCGCCAAACGGAAGUGAAAAUACAAGAAAUACAGAUCCAAAAGCAUGCUUUAAGAGGAGAAAGAAAAGGUUGACAAGAACAAUUUUAACUUUGAUUUUCGUUUUUGGAGUUUGUUGGUCGCCAUUUGCGCUUAUCAUGAUAGCCCAGGUUUUCUUCAAUGCGCAUGUACCACGUUACGUUGAUUUUGGCUCGCUUGUUCUUGGAUAUUUAAACAGUUUUUUAAAUGUCAUUGUUUAUAAUGCAACAAACAGAAAAAUCAGGGAAAAGUUCAAACAAGCAUUUCAUACAGCACUAUGCAAAACACCGCGAGUCAAAUACCGGAUUGAUCCGAGCUCUUUAUCAACAGGACAAUCGGCUUUCUUCCAGCCUUACGGAUCUUUUGGUGUUUAUUGUUUUUGGACUUAUCCUCCAACCAAGAUGAUAUCGACAAACAUAAUUUUUGAAUUUGUAGCCUUGACGUUAGUUUUUCUUGCUGCUCUAUUUGGCAAUGUAACACUAUUUUAUGUUGUUGGAACCAAUCGUAAUCUUCGUACAAGAGGAAAUGUAUUUAUACUUAAUCUUGCUGCUGCAGAUUUGUUAGUUGCCGUAGUAAAUCUUCCAAUAACUAUGACCACAGUCUUGGCUGAUAAAUGGAUUCUUGGUAAAACAGUUUGUCAGAUAUCUGGAUUCAUUACUUUACUCACAUUUGUUGCUUCAUGCAUGGCAUUGUCUAUGAUCAAUAUCAAUCGCUAUCAUGCAAUAAUGCAAUGGCAAUCCUACAAAAAAACUUACACGAAAAGAAAAUGUUUACUAUACGUUGGCAUCACUUGGGCCAUAACAAUCGUAUUGUCAAUUCCUCCGUUUUUUGGUUGGGCGAAAUUCGACUAUGAUCCAGGACAGAGUUAUUGUUUUGCUGAAUGGAAAGCAAGUAAAUCGUACACGAUCUUUAUGAUUGCAGCUUGUCUAUGUGGUCCGUUGUCUAUAAUGACUUACUGUUAUGUAAGAAUAAAUCUAUACGACAAGAAGUUUGCUUUGGGAAUCACUUCGUCGCCAAGCGAAAGUGAAAACACAAGAAAUACAGAUCCAAAAGCAUGCUUUAAAAGGAGAAAGAAAAGGUUGACAAGAACAAUUUUAACUUUGAUUUUCGUUUUUGGAGUUUGUUGGUCGCCAUUUGCGCUUAUCAUGAUAGCCCAGGUUUUCUUCAAUGCGCAUGUACCACGUUACGUUGAUUUUGGCUCGCUUGUUCUUGGAUAUUUAAACAGCUUUUUAAAUGUCAUUGUUUAUAAUGCAACAAACAGAAAAAUCAGGGAAAAGUUCAAACAAGCACUUCAAAUAGCAAUAUGCAAAAAACCGCGAGUCAAAUACCGGAUUGACCCGAGCUCUUUAUCAACAGGACAAUUCUUGUAACAUGAUUAUAAAGUUCUUUUAAACGAAUUCUUGGAAGCUGCGAUGAUCUAUGAGACUAACAAUGGAGUAAGAUGAUUAACUUAUAGACACUGUGCAAUUUUGAUAUUCUUUGUAGUAAGUACUAAUGUCAUAAUAUAGCCCGAUAUAAUAUAAAUCUAUUUAACUAAUUUUCCACAAAUUUGGUGUAUAUUAUUUCAGAUUGCCCAAAUGCU